CUCUUUUAAAGGAUCGCAGGACUGGGCAGAGUUCAAAGCAAAAAAAAGGCUUGAGAUCAGAUAAAAAGAUCAAAGCAAGAAAGGGAGGGGGAGAGGGAGGGAGAGAAUUAGAGAAAACAAUAUGGUUUCUAAAGAGCAUAGCCACAAGAGAGCAGUGCUGCAUGAGAAGCUUCAACUCCUUCGUUCUAUUACUGACUCUCAUGCUCUAAACCGAACCGCGAUCAUAAUGGAUGCCUCGAAGUACAUUGCAGAGCUAAAGCAGAAGGUAGAGAGACUAAAUCAUGACAUAUCCACUGCGCAGACUUCAAGUGACCAAAAUCCCGAACCAAGGGUGACGGUAGAAACCCUAGGAAAGGGAUUCCUUGUAGAUGUGUUUGCAGCGAGGAGUUGCCCGGGUCUGCUGGUAUCCAUAUUGGAAGCCUUUGAAGGGAUGGGUUUGAAUGUGCUGGAAGCUAGGGUUUCUUGUACAGACACUUUCCGAUUUCAAGCGGUUGGAGGAGAAGAGGAAGAAGGGUUGAAUAUGGAUGAAGAGGCAGUCAAACAAGCAGUGGGACAGGCGAUAGAGAAAUGGAGAGGAAGUAGCAGUGAUGAACAGUGAUCAUCAUGCGUGCAGCCUUUAACAGACGCUUCGCCCAAUAUAUUCUGUUGAUCGAUCAUGAAAGAAAUCAAGGCUUCGUACAGCUUGCGCUGUGCUUUUAUAUAUAUUCACUAUUCAAACACGCACCCCCUCUUUCAUCACAUUCAUGAGUACUGCAGCUGCCGUCUGGCGAUACCCCUAAUAAUUAGACGUACUCCUUUAAUUUUUUUUUUUUGGGUCGUAAUAUAAACUCACUAAUUACACUCCUUAACCUUUA